AUGAUGGUCAAUGCCUCGAAACUAACAGGAAGAAAUGAUGUCACUUUAGAAAUGGACCUGAAAAAGGUCACAUACUAUUUCGAGAUUGAGCAUUGCCAUUCAACAAUAGGCUUCAAUUAUUAUAACAAUGCUGAUCAUGAUGCCAGAAACGAAAUGGUGGAAUCUGUUUUUGACAGGAAAUUGUUUAUUACGACGUUCCACCGAAAGAAAGGGAAGUAUUAUGGUCUUGGAAAAUUUGCUGAACCACUGAUUCUUACUAGAUCAAGAAGAGCUCCAUUGUGGUGUGGGAUUUGUUUUGGGGCUAAUAUCUAA